UUGUACCUCCGAACGCCCUGAUGUUCGCUCACGUGCAAAUAAGGGUGAACGCGGUUAGAAAUUUCCUCUCUCUCUCUUUCCAGUCUCCUCCUCUUGCAGUCUGGUCUGGCCCGAGUUUCGCAAACCCUAAAUACCCGCAAACCGAGUCGCUCCGACUCGCUCGAGUUCCGAGUCCGAUUUAGUCGAGCUGGUGAUGAAGAGCUCUCCGCGUAGAACUUUCGACGUGUUCGAUUUCAAGGAAGAGGAUGAGCUCCCUGAAUUGGCAUCAGGAAAAUUCCUUGGAAAAUUCAAAAACCCUAACCUCGACAAUGAUGCCAUGUUGAAGUACGAGAUUCUCGAGUGUGCUGCGCAGGGAGCCAAUGUUGGAAGAAAGGAAGUUGAUUGUGUCCCCUGUGUAGAUGUUGAUGCAACUGACUGUGGCCUUACUUGUGACAUUGCUAAUUCAUGUAGCCUUUUGGGUGCAGAGGAAGAGAACUUUGCCCAAAAGGAAGAGUUCUCUGUGUUGGAUACUGCCCUGCAUUCCAGUUCUGUUAGUCACGAACAACCUUUUUCUAUAUUAGAUACUAAAAAAUUCAGAAAUUUAGAUUCUGAUCUGGAGAGAAUAGAUUCAAGCCUUGAAGCUUCCCCUCCAGGGAAAGGCCAGAUAAAUUACGACCUUUUGAAGUCUCCAUCCAGUAAUGAGCCGGUUGAUGUGGUCUCAGAGGCUGAUGAGAGCAUGAAUGGGAAUACUGCAUCAAGUCCUACUUCUGAAAUGGCUGAUGAUGGCGUUUCAUUAAACGGCUACGCAUCGGAUCAUUGCUUUGGCAAUUUGGAAAUGGAUGACACAAAUAUGGAGGUCGUGCUUUGUCCUGAUUAUGUUAUAUAUCGAGAUAUCUAUUGUACGACCGCCCGGUUAACUUUUUCAUGCAAUUGCAUCAAAAUCAGUGGUUCAAAUCCACAUGGAAGUGAAGAUAUCUUUGAUUUUGAAUGGGGAAUUGAUGAUCUUAUUGAUAUUCAGUGCCAGUGGAUGCAAAGAGUUGAAACUGUCUUUAUAGAGAUACACAGAAUAGUAGAGGAUGCAGAUCAGCGCAUUUCAGGCAUUGAGGAGUUGAAGAUUGCAGUUGUUGACCCUAAUUGGUCCCACAAACAGCAAGUGAUCACCUCUUUGAAUAUGAAAUACUCAGCUGUGUGGGCUGUCAUGGUUGAUACGGAUCUGGGAACAGCUGGUGAUGAUUUAUGUGGACAGAGUCACUAUUUUCCCAAUUUUGAUGAGUCUUUUGAAGAGGUUAUAUAUCCAAAAGGGGACUCCGAUGCUGUUUCCAUCAGUAAGAGAGAUGUUGAUCUAUUACAGCCAGAGACAUUUAUAAAUGAUACAAUCAUUGACUUUUACAUCAAGUAUUUGAAGAAUCAGAUUCAACCUGAGGAUAAGCACCGUUUCCACUUUUUUAAUAGUUUUUUCUUCCGGAAGUUGGCUGACAUGGACAAAGAUCCAACCAGUGCAUCUGAUGGCAGGGCUGCUUUUCUACGUGUUCGUAAAUGGACGAGAAAAGUUAAUAUUUUCGAGAAAGAUUACAUCUUCAUUCCUAUAAACUUUAAUCUACAUUGGAGCUUAAUAGUCAUAUGUCAUCCUGGUGAAGUGGCUAGAUUAAAGGUUGAUAACUUGGAAAAGUCACCUAAAGUACCUUGUAUAUUGCAUAUGGAUUCUAUCAAAGGAAGUCAUACGGGUAUCAAAAAUCUUGUUCAAAGUUAUUUGUGGGAGGAGUGGAAUGAAAGGCAAAAGGAGACACAGGAAGAUAUCUCAUCCAAAUUCCUCAACUUGCGGUUUGUCUCACUUGAGCUGCCACAGCAGGAGAAUUCAUUUGACUGCGGUCUGUUUCUGCUCCACUAUCUGGAGCUCUUUUUGACUGAAGUUCCUGUUAAUUUCAGUCCAUUCAAAAUAAUCAAGUCCUCCAAGUUUCUUAAUGCAAAUUGGUUUUCUCCUGCUGAGGCUUCCCUCAAGCGUACUCUCAUACAGAGGUUAAUCUAUGAUAUCCUUAAAAGUCGUUCUCCAGAAGUCUCUUCAGCUGCUUGCAGUGAUGAAGAUGAGCCCUCUGAAUUUCCAGUGAAAAAUAAGAAUGAAACUUGUGUGGAGUUUCUUUCGAAGAGAUGCAAUCCUUCAAUUGUUUACGAUGGCAAUAAAUCUAGUUGCCAAGCUGGACCUGGUAUCGAAAUGACUCUAUUAUCAGCAUCUUCAAUGAGUUCCCAGUGUGCUAACAACUCAGGCAUGGUACUUACAGAGUUUCUUGAGUCUGGGGCCACUGCAGGAUCUUUACUUGGACAAUAUCCAUCUUGUGACCACCAAUCAUCUUAUUAUCAUCUCAGUGGUGCUAUAUCAACAUCAGAGGAUGGUGUAGAAAACAGUGACCCUUUCGUGUUUUUGCCUUCUGAUGAAGCUGGUUUACGGCAAAUGGCUGGCAUCACACCUCCAGCACGUAGCGAUCCAUAUUCAUCGAGAGCUUGUAGAGUUGAAACUUCUUAUAAUUUAGGGAUCUCUGUGCAAGAAGAGCACAGCAAUCUCGACUCAUCCCCAGAAACAUCAAAUUGCGCCUCAGAUGAUUCGGACGUGGAUAUCAUUGGAACUUUCCCAGUCGGAGGAAAUGUGGGUACAAGUCAUAAAGAAGAAACAGAUGAACGAAGAUCUCCAUCAGCAGAAAGCAAGGAGUGUUUGACAGGAAGCCUUGCUUCUGCUGCUAGCAAGUUGCUCGGCGUUUCUGUUGUUGAAGGUUUGCAGGAUCCUGAUAAGAUGCAUAAUAGUUAUGGAGAUGGUGAUCAGCUGCCCACCCAGUUACUGGACGUGGAUGUCAUUGAUGAUUCGGACAUGGAUAUUACUGGAAAUUCCUCUGUUGGAGAAAAUGUGGGUACAAGUCAGAAAGAAGAAACAGACAAAGAAAGAUCUCCAUCAGCAGAAAACGUGGGGUGUUUGACAGGAAGCCUUGCUUCUGCUGCUACCAAGUUGCUGGACGUUUCUGUUGUUGAAGGUUCCAAAGAUCCUGCGAAAAUGCUUAAUAUUUGUGGAGAUGGUGAUCAGCUGCCCACCCAUCAAGAAAUUUCAGUCUCGUUGCAUCAAGAUCCUGAUAUUGUAGAUAACACAGAGGUUGCUUGUGAUAAUGUGCUGGUGACUGGUGAUGAUCAGGUUGCAGAGUCAUAUGGGCAACGAGCUGCGAAAAGGCUGCGGCUUGCACCACCUCAUGUUGCAGAUGAUACCAUGCUGACUGAUGAUAAUCAGGUUACAGAGUAAUAUAGACAAUUUAGCUGCAAAUUUGGUGCGGCUUACACAACCCUUUCAAGGGAAUGAAAUCUUACACUCUUGGGAAGCCAGCAUGAAAACCCUACCCUGUAAGUAUGACUCGAGAUUAAUUUGUCGUUUCUUUUACUCUCCUGUCUUGCUCCCGGAAUUAAUUUGACAUAUUGUGAAUAGUUUUGUGGCUCUAUAAUGACUGUUGCUGGCGUAUGGAAGAAUUGAUAGAAAAUUGCUCAUAUAGUUUUUUCAAAUUUACAAAUAAUUUUACCCGCC